UGCCAAGACGAUCGGCAGUAUUAUAUUGUAUCUGUGAUUCAAGAUCAUAUAUACCCCAUGCUCGGUUCGGUUCUUCGAUUAUGGAUACUCUUCGGCUGUUUCUACCGUUUCCUGGCCCUUCAGGAGUGCGAUAUCCCCAAUGAAUCCAAACGGGGAGUUUGCCUGGAAGUUAGUAGGUGUAAGGCGUAUCUUAUGGUGCGAAAUUCCACAAAUUUGCCGUCGGAGAAGGUGAAUUUCCUGAAGAAAGUGCAAUGCGAGGUGGAGCAGAAAAUCUCAGAGGCUGAGGGCUCUUAUGAGUCCCUCGUUUGCUGCCCGGCAAAUGGCCAGGAUUACCUAUUUCCCGUGCUGCAAUUCUCCAAAUUCGAGUACCGAAGAUUUCUGGAUGUCACUGCUCGUUUCAAGCGGAAGAAACUGAAGCGGAGAAUUCAGACAGUAGAGCCAAGCUCGGGAUUUAAUUUACUGAACGAGUGCGGAAAGCAAGUAACUAACAGAAUUUACGGAGGCGAAAUCGCCGAACUGGACGAGUAUCCUUGGCUGGCUCUGCUUGUCUAUAACUCAAAUGACUAUGGCUGCAGUGGAGCCCUAGUAGAUGAUCGUCAUAUCCUAACAGCCGCCCAUUGCGUUCAAGGCGAAGGAGUGCGCGAUCGCAGAGGAUUAAAGCAUGUGCGUUUGGGGGAGUUCAAUGUGAAAACGGAACCCGACUGCAUCGAGGAACCCAACUAUUUGAGCUGCGCAGAUGCCGCUUUGGAUAUUGGCUACGAAAAGAUCCACGUGCAUCCCGAGUACAAGGAGUUCUCCAACUAUAAAUACAAUGAUAUAGCCAUUAUUCGGCUGAAACAUCCCGUAUCCUUCACCCACUUUGUCAUGCCCAUCUGUUUGCCCAAUAAGUCGGAGCCCCUGACUUUGGCCGAGGGUCAGAUGUUCUCCGUUUCCGGUUGGGGUCGCACGGAUUUAUUCAACAAGUACUUCAUCAACAUCCACAGUCCCAUAAAACUGAAGCUGCGCAUUCCCUACGUUUCCAAUGAAAACUGCACCAAGAUCCUCGAGGGAUACGGGGUGCGAUUGGGACCGAAGCAAAUCUGUGCCGGUGGGGAGUUCGCCAAGGACACCUGCGCGGGGGAUUCCGGAGGACCUCUGAUGUACUUCGAUCGGCAGCACUCUCGAUGGGUGGCCCAUGGGGUGGUCAGCUACGGAUUCACCCAGUGCGGAAUGGCCGGGAAACCGGCUGUCUAUACCAACGUGGCCGAAUAUUCGGAUUGGAUAGAGAGUGUUUUGCAGCAGCAGCCGCGGAAAAAGAGCCAACAACAGACGCAACAGGCCCCAUUGCCUUGACGUCACAUCAGAUUUUUUCUGUUUUCGGGCGGGGAACGAACAAUUGGCGCCUAAUUAAAGUGGGCAUGGCUCCGAUUCAGAUCUAUUUACCUCUACCAUAUUUGUACAUAUUUUGCUAAUUAUCUAACAGCCAUCAACUAUUUGG